CGGUUCGACACAACGUCGAGAGACCGACAGAAAGGGAACUCUCGACACCUCAGAUGCCAAAAAGCCUACGUGCUUUGGACGGGAGUCUAGGUCGAGCCCCUGGGGGACAUCGACGUAUCCUCUAGCUGCCCCACCAUCAAGGGAAGAAAGGGUGAUGGAACUAGUUGACGUGUACGCGCCGAAGGGCGCCGCUCUGAAGCCCGAUGUACCAUGUAUCUAGCCACGAGCGUUGGGAGAGGCAGUGCGAUGCACCGCAACCCAAUGCCGACGGCCCGGGAAAGCAUGGCUGACAUUUCGAUGUCCGCUUCUUCCUGAUCUCGACCCCCCAAGGGAGGGAGCUUCAAGGAAUCGUCGGAGUCUGAUGCCAGUAAGUCACCCUCCGAUGCUGCAACAGACAUCUCAUCAUCACGUACCGUGUCCGAUACGUGAUUGAGGAAUAAGACGGCGGACCGUCUCAUGGGGAACGGUCAGACGAGCAAGACGAUGUGCGAACGGUCCGCGAGCCAGUGGCUGACGGAUUAGCGCUCACAGUAAUCCUCAUAUCACCCUCGCUGCUCGCCGUAGCGGGCGGCAGGGCCGUAGUCCUGCCGUCGCGGAACGGGAAGCAGCCGAGGUGGUGGCUGAGUCCCGUGCGAACACAUCCACCCGUGACGCAACGUCUGAAUCGUCAACCGCCCGCAGUGCGGGCAGGACGUAUCCACAACAUCUGCCCCAGCGUACUGGAAGCAGACAUCGUGUCCGUCCCCCUCCUCGAUGAGUGUGUUGCACCCACGAGAACAGCGGGACAUGCCACGCUGGAGAAAUUUGCUCUUUUAGAGAAAAAACUCGAACACUUCUGGAACCGCCGAGACGCCCAGUGGAAGUCGCUGCAGGAAGGGACAGUCCGCUGCACCACGUCGUAGAGCCUGCAGUCUUGUAGCGAAAUCUGUUGAUCAUGAGCGAAGGCUCCGAAGAACAAAAGGUGAUGUAUCGCAAGGGGAAAGAAGAACUUCAUAAAUACAGUGAAGUGACAGACAGACCAGACAUUCUGAAUGCCAUUCGAGCCACUAAACUCGCCAGUGAUGUGGUGUACAGGAACACAAGUAAAUGUGAGACACUCGACCAGCGAACGCUGCUAGAGAGACCUGACAUCCAACACGCAAAACAGGCUGCAAAACUGGCUAGUGAUGUGAACUACAAGCAGAAGUUUGAAAAAGAGAAGAAGCCUCAAUACAACCCCAAAGAGUGUGUGAGCUUCAAACAUGCACAAACUGCAUCUGAGCUGGCCAGUCAGAUCGAGUAUCGUAAGGAGUAUGAGUGCAGUAUUAAAGGGAAGGUUCUGCUGGAGGCGGAUCAGACGCCCGUGUAUCUCACCGCUCGUAACGCCAGCGCUCUCAUGAAUGAGAAGGAGUAUCGUAAGGAUCUGGAGCAGGAGGUGAAGGGUAAAGGUCUCACAGGUCUUGAAGAAACUCCAGAGCUCCAGCGAGUCAGAAAUGCCGGACACAUUCUCAGUGAGAAGGAAUAUCGUAAAGAUCUGGAGCGAGAGAUCAGAGGGAAAAGAUCAGACCUCACAUCAGACAGUCUGGACAUCCAGAGAGCAAAGAAAGCGUCUGAGAUCAACAGUGAUGUGUUGUACAGACAGUCGUCUCAGAUGAGAGAAACUUCAUAUGGUACAGUGACAGAUACACCAGCACUGCUGCAUGCCGCAUAUAUCAAAGACAUCUACAGUCAGAAGAAAUAUUGUAAUAAUGCUGAGCGGCUGAAGGGUUCAUAUGCUGUUGUGUCGGACACUCCAGAAAUCCAGAGAGUGAAAAACAACCAGCGUAACAUCAGUCGACUGUUGUACACAUGGGAUUCUAAACUGUUGAGAGGUCUGACAUCAGCGUUCAAUGAGAGUCCUGAGAUCAAACUGGCCCGAGAAAACACCAAAAACAUCAGUGACGUUCAGUACAGAGAGAGUGUGGGGUCGGGCACAGCAGUAACACACACACCUGAGAUGGAACGAGUUCGCAGAAACCAAGAAAACAUCAGUGAUGUGAAAUAUAAGAAAGCAGUUGAUCCAGUGAGUGUUGGUGUGACACCAGAACUGGAGCGGAUCAAACAGAAUCAACAGAACAUCAGCUCGGUGCAGUAUCAGAGGGGUUUACAGGAGGUCAAAGGUCACUCUUGCUCUGAGUUAGAUACGCCUGAAAUGAGGCGUGUGCGGAAAUCACAGGAGUCUGCUUCCAUGGUCAAGUAUCAUGAGGAGUUUGAACGCACACGAGGUCGAGGUGCCGCCUACACCCUCCAUGAGCAGCACAUGACACGUCUCCAUGGAGACCAUCAGAUGGGCGGCAGUGAAGUUCACCAUGGCAUCCAGCCGCAGGUGCUGGACACUGACCGCAGAUCUGCAGCUACAGAGCUGAAGGUUUGGAGAACUGAUCCAGGAUCCAUCUUUGAUUUUGAUCCACUGGAGGAUGAUAUUCAGUCUAUGAGUCUGCGCAGAAUGACGGAGCGUGCUUGUCGUCAGUCGAGGCAGCAGUGUGCGCAGUCGGUGUGCAGUUCUCUGGGAUCUGAGUUCUGGGCGGAUCGGAGCGGUUCGGUGUGCAGCAGCAGCGCUUCUGUUCUGCACGAACGUUCGGCUUCAGGUGUCUAUCAGCAUCAUCCACAGCAUCAUGUGCAGGGAUACGGACACAUGCAGCCCACCCGAAGCGUUCAGUCAUCCCCCCAAUCAAGCAACAUGAGGGUGUAUCGAGCGCUGUACGAUUACUCUGCACAAGAUCAUGAUGAAGUUUCAUUUCGUGACGGUGACGUGAUCAUUAACGCUCAGCCCAUCGACGAGGGGUGGAUGUUUGGAAUCGUUCAGCGAACGGGAAGAUCCGGCAUGCUUCCCGCCAACUACGUGGAAUGUUUCAACUGAGAAACGUCGUCCAUUGCUGUUCUUCUGUUUGUCUGUCUGUGUUCAUCUUUGAAGCACAUUACACACGUUCAUGUGUUUUUUUACUUCCAGCUUUUGUUCUUCAUUAGAUUUCUGUCCCUCAUCAUACUGACACACCACCAAAUUUCAGGUCUAAACCGCAAUAAGUGCUGAUCUUUUUCUGCUCUCAGGAUCUGCUGUUAUAUUUCCAGAGAAGAGGAUGUUUUUAAUGUUGCCAAGCAAACUCAUGCAUGUCAUGUAACUCGCACUGUUUGUUGUGACAUCACAGAAGUGUUUAGUGUUUAUUUUAGAUUAGAUUAGAUGAACAAACACAGCUGAAAAGAUUCUCUGUGUGACACUGGAACAUGAAACAUCUAGUGUUUGUGCUCUUUUGUUUCUUUGUGUUAUUUUAUUGUGUGUGUGUGUACUUUAGAAUGUGGAUGUACUGUAUAUGUGAUAAAUAACACUGUUCUGUUUUCACACAUGCACGUGCAAGGUGAUAUCUUUAACAGUUGGAUUCAUUUAUUCAAAUGUUUGCUGUGAAGGACAUGCUGACCACAGAUCAGGAUUAACAGCGUCGAUCAUGAUUUCAUCAUCUCACUGUUCACAUGAUGCACAAUCUGUCGAGAAGACCUCAGUGUAUUUUAAUUAUUCAUUCUUGUCUUAGCAUGUAAACAUAUUCGACAGGUGACUGUUAUAACAGACUAAAUAUAUGGGGAUUCAUAUACACUGUGCUCUUGUUUCUAGCUUACACUUUAUUAAAUAGCAUUUAUUUAACAUUUUAUUAAGAAUGAACUCAUUAACUUGUUUUAAAUUCAGCGACAUAUAAAAUAUGGCUUCUGUUCCCUUUUAAUCACCUGAAUGCACACAAGUAAAGUCUGAAAGAUGGUGAUCAGUAUGUGAUAAAAGCAUCAUGGUUGAUGAGUUGAAAGUGAAUGAUCAGCAGGGUUUCAGGUGGAAUGCAGAUGUUACCGUGUGUACUGGAUGCAAUUGAAAGUCGAUUCUAAAGUUUGGGUUUUUAUGGGUUCUGUUGAAUUUAUUUUGUCACGUCACUGUUUUCUCUGUUAACAUGUGAAGUGUUUCACAAUGAAAGAAAUUAAAAAGCUGUUACCAGCACUCCUAUCUAUGAACACUACACUGCCGUUCUCUGAUCUGAUUUGUUCUCCAGUUAAAGCGACACGUGUCUUUGUGUGGGACGUCAUACAUGCGCAUGCGCAGCGUGAGGUGACCCUGAGGGACACGUGUGUUUACGUUCAUAUCUUCCCGCAGGGGGCGCUGAGCGGCUCAUAAAGCCCAAUCCACCAUUCAACAACAUGAAUGUCUUUUGUCAUAUUAGAAGUUUAACAUUUAUUAGUCCCAAGGAUUUGGUGCCUGAUAUACGUGUUGAAAUGUUCCCUUGUAAACAAUGAUUUAUAAAACUCCUCUCGUGUACUGAUAGGAAUAACAGGUUUACUGCUUUGAUUUGUCGCUAAAGAAAUGCUCAUUUGAACUAUGAUAAUACUGACAAACUUGAAUCGUCAUUGAAUUAGAAAAAUUCAG